CGCUAAGGGUGUGCGGAGUGGAGUGGGAGGUGCACGGAUCCCAGCGCUGCGGCCCGAUCUUACGCGACGCGGGGCGCGACCACUGACUAGCGUGACUCCAUGUAGCAGAGGGACACCGCCGACCGACCAUCCGGCGCCUCCAGCAGGUGCGCACUCGUCCCGUGCGUCGAUUUGCAGCAGGCAGCAGUGAGCGCUGACGGCGGAGCGCCGUCCAUGGGCUGAGCCUCCCGGCGCACAGCCCCACACUCUUCGUACCGGAGGCGGCGAGUCCGAGCACUUGUCGCGGGUCAUGACGAUGGCGGAGGCGGCGGCGGAGGCAGCGCCGGCCCCGGCGCCCGACCACCGCAAGCAGCGCAAGCGUAAGCGGCUCAGCGCCGUCGUCGACCAGCUGGCCCUGCACAACAACAACAACAACAACAAUAACAACAACAACGUGCCGCCCAGCGGCGCCAACAGCCCCGACUGCGAGGAUGAGGACGUCUUCAGCGACAGCACGACGCCUCCGCCGGUGACCGCGCUGUCGCAGGCGCCGGCGCCGCAGUCCGCUGGCAGCUCGGGCCCCGAGCCGGGCACGCCGCUGUCGUGCGGCUGCGCCAGCUGCUUCAGCUUCGAGUACUACCUGCACUCCCAGUACCUGCACGCCGCCUCGCCCGACGCCUUCCGCCGCCGCUCGCACUCCGACUCCGACCUGCCGCUAUGGCUCGACACGCGGGAAAUGGCGGCACGGCGGCCAGCAGCGCUGUCGGCGCCGAGCAAGGGCGGCUCCCUGGAGUCGGAGGGCUCGGGCUCCCAAGACUCGCCGCUCGACCUGUCGAUGAAGGCGGCUUCGGCGUCGGCGUCGACGUCCGCGUCGGCGUGGUCGUGCCACACGAGCAGCAGCACGGGCUCGUCGGAGCCCGGCACGCCCGCCGCCGUCGUGACGGCCGGCGGCGUCGCGGUGCCCGUGGUGCGCGGGGACGUGGCGUCGCCCACCACCAUGGCGAGCGUCGCGGUGCGCUACAACCUGGAGGUGUCGCCCGUCGUCGAGGAGAUGCCGCCGGGCGCCGACGUCGCCUACGUGUGCCCCGUGUGCGGCCAGAUGUUCAGCCUGCACGACCGCCUCGCCAAGCACAUGGCCAGCCGGCAUCGCAACUCGGCUGGCGCCCCCGAGCGCGCCUACCUGUGCGAGGUGUGCCGGCGCUCGUUCGCGCGCUCCGACAUGCUGACGCGGCACAUGCGGCUGCACACGGGCAUCAAGCCGUACACGUGCCGCGUCUGCGGGCAGGUGUUCUCGCGUUCGGACCACCUGAGCACGCACCAGCGCACGCACACGGGCGAGAAGCCGUACAAGUGCCCGCAGUGCCCGUACGCGGCGUGCCGGCGCGACAUGAUCACGCGCCACAUGCGCACGCACGCGCGAGGCGGCGCCGGCGCCGCCCCCGGCCUCGGACUCAACCUGGUGCAGCCCAAGCAGGAGCUCGAGGAACCGGCCAGCCCCUCGCAGGCGCUCUCCGCGCUCUCCAUGGAACCCGGCCUGCAGUAGCGGCGGCACCGGCACCGCGCUCACCCUCCUCCCGUGUCUCCGAGAGCCGCUCGCGACGGACGGACUGUGCGCCGGUUUAACGGCUAGUGGUCACCGAGCGUCAUCUGGACGACUGCAACUUCGAGACGGCGCACUGCCAGGUUCAGGUGCUCGUCUCCUGGCGUUGCUGUGAAGUGUCAUCCGCCGAUUAACUGUAUCCUGUGGGAACUACUGCUCUGUUUCUCCCAAGCAUCUAAUAGGUAUCAAAAUGUCAUUACUUGUACACCAAUCUGCAUCGCACCUGGAGUCAGUUUCAGAGAGCCUCCAGAAAAACGUCUGUCCAUCACGAUGUCCACCUGUCGUCAGAGUGCUGGCACUGUAGCGUACUCAUGUGGCCCCACGGGUGUCAACACAUCAGGGGCCUCUGCCAGACUUCCUGCACCGUGGAGCCCAAGUGAACACUCUUGGGUGUGGAAUAUGAAACCGGGAUUAACACUGAAAUUUUACUGAAAAUUCUAUCCCCCGAACAGAUGCCAUUCUCCUUGGAGCUCCCUCGGUUCGCCAAACAAUGGCACGAUAGUACUCGUACGUCCAUCAGCUCCACUGCUUGCAGGCAGUCUGACUAUCUGUGGCAGCCGGUAAUUGGAACUGGACAAUUUCGGAGCUGCCACAAAAUCACAUCUGUCGCUGACGACUUCCACCUGUAAGCUCAGUGCGCACUGUGCGCACUUUUUCUGCGGCCAGAUGGGUAGCAGCACGAAAGCAGUCAGAAGCUGCGACACUUUCUACACCGCGAAGCCGAAGUGUACACUCGUGGGAAGGCAGUACGAGCCAAGUAGAGGCGAUAUUCAUAUCAAAUGUUGGGAGCCACAGCGAUGAGCAACACAAGCGCAGGGCUCCGCCUCCCUAUAAAGUGAUGACAAACAAGUGUUGCAGAGUGGCUGACGCAAUGGCUAGAUAGUAGCGUGGAGGUGCAGGGACAAUGUAUACAUCACAUGAAAUAUUGUGAGGUUACUCUCGAGAGUCGGUAAGUACGGGAAGAGCAUGUGGCCUCGGAUGCUGCGGAGCGGCGGAGUGGGUGUUGGUAUCGGCGCGUUUUGACGUCACUGUGGGGCGAGGCGACCAGCGUAGCGUGUCGUGGCUGCCGUGCCGUGCUCGGCCUCGGCCAAUAUCGAUCUGGCGGCGGGCUGACGCUCGCACGCGUGUCGUCGCCGCCGCCGCCACAGCGGGCCAUUAUAAUUAGAACAGCGGAACAGACGACAAUUCUUUACCUGAGCGGGGCUCGAACGGGCACGCGGCC